AUAAAUUACGAUGAGGAGACAUCAUCAGUCUGACCGGAGAGCUACUGGGACGCUGCUGGUGGUUUGUAAGCUCCUCGGCCGGAACAAUAGGGAUCUUUGUAUCAACCCCUGGUAGUAGUAGUAGUCCUCAAAUCCGACAACAGGGAUCAGCCAUGCCUUUCGGUAACACACACAACCAGAUGAAGAUGAAGUACUCCUCGGAGCAGGAGUACCCGGACCUCAGCAAACACAACAAUCAUAUGGCCAAGGUCCUGACUGCUGCUAUGUACGAGCGGCUGAGGAGCAAACAGACACCCAGUGGAUUUACUCUGGAUGAUGUCAUUCAGACUGGGGUUGACAACCCAGGCCACCCCUUCAUCAUGACCGUGGGCUGCGUCGCUGGAGACGAGGAGUCCUAUGAGGUCUUCAAAGAGCUGCUGGACCCCGUGAUCGAGGACCGUCAUGGAGGAUACAAACCCACAGACAAGCACAAGACCGACCUCAACUCAGCCAACCUGAAGGGAGGUGAUGACCUCGACCCCAACUACGUCCUGAGCUCCCGAGUCCGCACAGGCCGCAGCGUCCGUGGCUUCUGCCUGCCACCUCACUGCAGCCGAGGAGAGAGGCGUGCUGUGGAGAAGCUCUCCAUCGAAGCUCUGGCCGCCCUGAGCGGAGACCUGAAGGGGAAGUACUACGCCCUGAAGAACAUGACGGAGGCUGAGCAGCAGCAGCUCAUCGAUGACCACUUCCUGUUUGACAAGCCAGUGUCUCCUCUGCUGCUGGCCUCAGGGAUGGGCCGUGACUGGCCCGACGCCAGGGGCAUCUGGCACAAUGACAACAAGACAUUCCUCGUGUGGGUGAAUGAGGAGGAUCACCUGCGUGUGAUCUCUAUGCAGAAAGGCGGCAACAUGAGGGAAGUCUUCACUCGCUUCUGCACCGGACUCACCAAGAUUGAGACCCUGUUCAAGGAGAGAGGCCAUGCGUUCAUGUGGAACGAGCACCUGGGCUACGUCCUCACCUGCCCAUCUAACCUGGGCACCGGCCUGCGUGCUGGUGUUCACGUCAAACUGCCCAACAUGAGCAAACACGCCAAGUUUGAGGAGGUUCUCAAGAAGCUGAGGCUCCAGAAACGUGGAACUGGUGGAGUGGACACAGCCGCUGUGGGUGGAGUGUUUGACAUCUCCAACGCCGACAGACUGGGCUUCUCUGAGGUGGAGCUGGUGCAGAUGGUGGUUGAUGGCGUCAAGCUGCUGGUGGACAUGGAGAAGAGGCUGGAGAAAGGCCAGUCCAUCGACGACAUCAUGCCCGCCCAGAAGUGAAAUCACCCUGACGCCCUACGACCUUCCCCUCCCUCCCUUUUGUCUGAAUGAAUGUUUGACUCUGUCCUGAAACACACUCUGUAUCACAGUUUGGAUUUGCUUGUGUAUUUAAGACGAAACGGUUCCUGCGAGGAUGGAAAUGAAAUAAAAAAACAUGUUCUGGUUCAACAGCU